AUGAGGCCGCCGGACCUCGAAAUUAAGGCCACUAUGGACAAUAGGCAAGCCUUGCGCGGCGACAAGAACGCCAAGGCCGCAAAGAGGGAAUCGAGGCUGACUUUCGGGAGGUUAUUUGGGCGGCAUAAGGUGGGAAUGGAGGUGGAUGCCGUCAAGGGCGGCACCCGGGAAGCCGGCGAGUCGUCCAAGAAGCCGGAGGUGGGGAGCGAAACGAUCGGCGGUCUGCCUUAUGACCUGCAGCCCAAGGCGACACAGUCGGACAUGCAGCUCGCUUCCACGAGGGAACAAGAGGCUGCCCUGCACCCAAAGACCGGGGGCCUGAGAUCACCACCUUUUUCUCCAUCGCCCAAAUCGCCGGCCUUGCUUCCGAGUGGCAAGAGGAGAGGCUCCCUUGCUACUACUCCCACCACCUUAUGGGACCGUGUGCCGCUCUUCCAGGCCUGGCCACAGGCCAUCCGCACCGCAACGCUUCCGGCCUGCGUUCAGGCCGACCACCUCCUCAAGAUGCACAACAAGAAGGAGACAGCGAUGACCACCAUCAGCCACCCCGACCUGGGCGACGAGAAGACCAUGUUCGCGGAGAUGGCGAGGCCGAAGAAGCACAGGCACGACAGCUCUUCGUUCAAGCUCGACUGGACCAGCAAGAUCUACAUGCUGGUCACCUCGGGCUACCUGCUCCAGUACGCUGGCGACGGACCGCACGACUGUCUGCCGGAGAAGGUGGUCCGACUGACCAAGGAUUCGGCGGCCUUUGCGAGCGAUGUGAUUCCUGGGCGGCACUGGGUAUUGCAAGUAUCUUCGGUGUUUGAGGACGGCGCUGCUCUCAUGAGCCAAGACACCCGGUCGUUGCUGGGCAAGUUUGGACUCCGUGAGAAGGAGAAGCGGCAGGCUUCCGACUGCCUCAUGGUGUUCGAGAACGUCACAGAUAUGGAGGGCUGGAUGGGUCUCCUGCGGAAGGAAAUCGAGGUGCUCAGCGGCAAGGUGCCCGUGACGGAAACGGGCAGGCCGAAGGUGGAUAACGACCAGACUCUGGUAGGCACUUCGCCGCGCUCACCCGUCUCGCCCAUGCAGCGGACACUGGCCUUCCAGGAUCUCAAUCGAUUUACGCGCAACGGCAGCAUGCCAGACAUCCGGUGGAAUGCGCCAGCGAGCUCCGAGAGCCCAGACUCCAACCUCGCCGCGACCUUGGCCGAGCUCACACCUGACCAUGUGGACAGCAAUUCCGCCACCAACAGCUUCGUCUCCCAGGAUGGCCAACAGCUAGAUGCUCUCAGGGAUAGCUCUAACCGAUACUCGUUCAUGUCGAUCGCACGGACGGUCGUUACAUCGGACUCUUCAGCGUGCAAUUCGCCCAUCCGCGACAGUUUCGGCAGCGGGAGCCAAGGCAGCCACCCUUCUGCUGAGGAUGCUACGCCCCUGGCUGACGAGCUCAGAGAUAUCCGUCUGCGACCCAAUGCGGCCGAGAUCGAGGACCGGCGACAAUCGUAUCGGACAUCGAACAUAAUCCUGGAAUCGGGUGGGCAGUACAUGCCCCAACGACAGCACUCGUCCCUCUCGGCCGUGCAGGAGCCACCAAACUUCAGCCUCCCCAACGCCGCAGCACGUCGUCGUGCAGCCAGUCAGAACGGCGCCGACACGAUGCACGGCGUCACUACUCACACGACAUCAAACAACAGACCCCCACGAAGACCAAGGAGGCCGCCGCCCCCAACGCUAGGCUUCACCCGGCCCCUGUCUGUGGUGGCCGACUCUCCUUCUCCAUCCAGGUCGUCGGCCCACAGUUCUUUCAAGACCGACGACGAUAAUUGCCUCUUCUCACAGCCACCCGACAGCUCCUCGAUGCUCACUAGCUGGGCAGCCGAGAAUGGUCGCCUAGAGUACGACCUUUCUUCAUCACAAGCAUCGAAUCGCACAUCGAUGGCCCCAUCGCUUCAGGCCCCGGUCCAGACCAGCCCCCGCAAGGCAGCCAGCACGACCACGCUCCGGCCAGCACAGCAUUCUUCUCUCUGGGGCGAUGGCGCGCCCCAGUCGGACCUCCCCUUCCGCGCCAUCGUCCACCAGGGGCCCCCACAUGACAGCAGGACGCUGGAAGUUGUGGCAGAGGUUCCCAGGAGCAUGGGCUCGGUGGAGGACUACCCGGCGGUGCCCAUGGCGGUAUCCCCACGAUCUCGCUCACCGAUUCAGCGUGCCAUGGCGGCACAGAAGCGGGCCAGCGUGUACAGCCUCACAUCACCUACGGGCUCUUCUCGGCGCGGGUCUGUCUAUAGCGUCGCCGGCCAGUCAGUCACGCACUCUGACCAUCUCGACGAGCUCUUCCGCUCCCGUGCCGCCUCGCCGCCGCCACCAUCCAGGAACUCGCGCAGGGAAUCUCUCCUGUCCAUCCCGGGACACUCGCGAAAUGGGUCGAACGGGUCGGCCAAAAGCUUCCUGAGCAACAGGCGCAGCAUGCCGCAUAUGCCACAGCCGCCAGCGCAGGGCCUCGUGCUCCCGCCGCUGUCCGCCCCGCCACCGAAUAAGGCGCUGCCACCGAUCCCGACAAGGAAACCCAACAGGAGGUCUGGAAGCAUACCUCCUCGAAUCAGCGUGGGGAUAGGUGGUGCUUUCUGA